AAGGUUGGUGUACAAACAGAGGAGAAGUCUAUUCUGGGUAACGACACACAAAAUCGAUCUUCGUUUACAACUCAGUCAGUGGGAAAUGUGGUUCAAAUGGUCAACUGUUCUGCAAAGGAUUUGAACACGGCAGAAAGUACAAAUCAAGGUGUUGAAAUUAAUGUCAACAUUUCACAGGGGAAUCAAGAGCCUGGAGCUACUGACAACAUCAAAGCAACCUCAAAGAACCUUCAAAGUGUAGGCAGCGUCGUCCAAAUAGUCGGAGAUAUAGAGAAACUAUCCAGUUCUAAUACGGAUGUGCUUGGAAAUAGAUUACAAUAUACUGGGGAUGAAAACUGGACUGGAUUAAGAAAUCCUGGUUACGAUGAAGAAGAGACUGCGAAUGGUGAUGGUCAGACCGUGGCCAAUAUGUUGCAGAUUGGAUUUCCAUUAAACGAUGAUAGAACUAUCUCGAAAGGUAGCGAAAGUAGAGUGUCUGAAAUAAAAGCAGAUUCAGGAGAAGGCGCUAAACAAACUGUAGUAAAUUCGAUUCAGUCACGUGACGAUAUGGAAAUGGAAAGUCUCAAAAAUAGAAUAAAAGUAUUAGAAAACAAUGUCCGGGAAUUAUGGGAACUUGCAAAUCGUCCUCGACCAGUUACUGCGCAACAGAACCAACAAAUUGACAACAUUUCUGAGGAAAGCUUUAUGGAAACUACGACCGAAAGAGACGGAAAUGCGACAGACAUAAAAUCAAUGUAUGAUCAAAAGAAAGAGACGGAACUAGAAACAUUGAUUCAUGAUGUUGUUAGCAGUUGUUCAGAGCUCAGGGCAGACUUGACGUCAAACGAAAGAGACAUGAAAUAUGAACUUCGGAACAUAUUCUCAAGACUGGAUGAGCUUGAAUCCAAAAUGGAGGACGCAGACCCAGAAAACGUUGGGACUUAUCGUGUUACAGAUGAGGAUAUCCAAGGCAUGUUCCAGGAAUUCGAAAACAGUCUGUAUAAAUAGUAGAAAGAACAAAAGAAAAUAAUCAAAGAUUCUUCGAACUGACAAUGAACGAUACUGGAUGAAGAACAAUUACAGACUACACAGUUUACAACGAACCACCACUGCAUGAUACCAUAGAGCCUUUGUGAAAGCAGCUUUUUAAGCUAGAUUAUACAUGUACCCUGUACUCACCUUUAUAAUAAGAAAAGGGUUUUCCUUAAGA